GCGAUAAUCAAUGGAUUAUCGAUUGCAGGUGGACAGCGACCUUGAACAACACAAAGAUUAGUGAAAACACAGUUGGAGAAGUCUUUCACUUCCAAGCGGAGUCUCCAGGCAACGAUUCCAAUCACAUCACCUAUUCCGUACUCUCUGGCAACGAUGGAUCCUUCAUCAUUGAUCCGAUCAGUGGUCGAUUAUCGAUUAGAUCUGGAUUGGAUCGAGAGCGUCGAUCAAUAUAUCGAUUGUGGAUAGCUGCCACUGACUCGAACACCCCACCAAAAUCGUCGAUAACGUUGAUCAAUAUCGAAGUUGAGGAUGUGAACGACAAUAGUCCCAUGUUUGAGAAGAAUACGCGUAGCCUGGAUCGAGAGGCUGUGUCGGAGUACAAUUUGGUUGUAACGGCUACAGACCAUGGAAAACCACCAUUGAGAGCUGAGGCUAUAGUGAAGGUCAAAGUUCUGGAUGAAGAUGACAAUGCUCCAAAGUUUUCUCAUCUUUUCCACGCUGAAGUGAAGGAAGACCUGGAGAUUGGCGCUCCAAUACUCCUAAUCUCUGCAAACGAUCCCGAUGAAUCUGUCAAUCACACCUUUUCUAUCGAUGAUGAGGACCUGACGCCAUUCACGAUUGACAAAUACACUGGGCAGAUCAGUCUGAGAAGAAGACUCGAUCGAGAAAAGGAAGCCUCUUAUCGGCUUCGUGUACGUGUGAGCGAUGGUACAUGGGCAGUACAAACGGGAGCAGCUAUCAAUGUUCUUGAUGUCAAUGACAAUGCUCCUGUCUUCGAGGAAGUUCGAUAUGUAUUCAUUGUGAAUAGAUCGCAGGUCAACCAGACGAUCGGGAAAGUACAAGCAACUGAUGCAGAUGAAGGCGUGAAUGGAGUUGUCUACUAUAGAUUCGAUAAAGAUAUACGAUGCUUAUCGAUCGAUGUGAUCAGUGGUGAUCUACGACUGCUCUGCGUACCUGAUAAGGGUGCGAUUACGGUAUGUUUGACUCUAGAGGCGUUGUCAAAUGCCACUAUGAGCUUCCUUGAAUCGAAAAAAAACACUCUCCUGAAACAGAAGUCUUAG